AUGGCUUUGGCGAGCUGGUUAGUUUUGACUGCCGUGUUGCUGGCACAAGUAUUCACAGCAAUACUGUACAUACUAUCCAGAGUGAUUAUGAAGGACAUAACCUUCAUUUUCGCACUAAGCACUUAUCGAAAUGCAGUUUUUGCUCUAUCAAUUACCUCUCUUGCCUACUACUUUGAGAAAUCUGGUGAAAAGAAAUUUGGUUGUGCAAUUUGGUUCUUGCUUUUUGCUAGUGCUGCAACCGUAACAAAGAAACUAGGCCUGCGAACCAAACAACGAAAAAUAAAGACUUUUGGAGUGUUACUGUCGCUUGUUGGAGCACUUGUUGCAUCCUUGUACAAGGGAAAAGAAUUGUAUAUUGUUUACCACAACCAACACAGGGACUCUCAGACGGCCACCAACCAGAACUCCCACACCCACUGGACGUGCGGCACAAUCUUGAUCAUUGCAUCAUGCUUGUCACGUGCAUUAUGGUUCAUAGUGCAGGGACGUGGCUAG